UAUACAUGUAAGAUAUAACCUGCCUGCAGCUUAAUCCUCUGUGAUUUUGGAAGGGUGAGCUGACAUUUCUAACCAUGGGGCCCAUACGCUUCAUUCUACUUACUCUGCUUCUCUGUUCGAGCCAAUGUCUGGGUCAGGAAGCUCCCCCUGCUGUUACCCUGGUGAAUGUGAAAACCCGCAAUGAGACUCACAUAGAGCUAGAGUGGACCAAAGUCAACAACAUCAACACUUACGCACUGAAAUCGAGCGAUGAACCAGAAACCCCCAUCACUGGAUUAGACGGGAACACAGUGACACACACUGUGUCAUCUCUCUCUGCUGGAACAAAAUACUCGUUCACUCUCUUCACGGUGUUAGAGGAACUGAGAAGCACAGGAUUUGAGUUCCCAGCAGUUACAGCUCCCCCUGCUGUUACCCUGGUGAUUGUGAAAACCCGCUCUGAGACUGAUAUAGAGCUAGAGUGGACCAAAGUCAGCGACAUCAACCCUUAUACUUACAUAUUGAAACGGACCGGUGGAACAGAUACCCCCAUCCCUGGACCAGCUGGGAACAAAGUGACUCACACAGUGUCAUCUCUCUCUGCUGGAACAGAAUACUCGUUCACUCUCUUCACAGUGUUUGAGGACGCGAGAAGCACAGGACAUGACUUCUCAGAAGUUACAGGUAUGUUCCCUAUGUUCACUAAACCCUUUAAUGAUCUCGCUAAGGGAAAAAGAACAGGAAGGGAAAAACAGAUCAAAAUCAUUUUGUGUUAUGGUCCUGACAUUAGUGUGUCAUAGUUAGAAAUAGCCACACGUAUUGACUGGGCAAUCUUUCUAGCUGGUUUUCUGCAUAUAUGUGAACAGGCAAAAACCAGCCUGUAACUAACACCAUGUCUUAAUUUCAAAGACUGAAGAGGCUGUGACCACUUAAAGCUCCAUUAUGUAGGAACAGCUAAUUUUUUUCCACUCUGAUGACCCCAAGAGUUGCGGUCUGUAAUUAAUGGACAGUUGUUCACAGCAGCUAGGAAUAAUAAUACAAAUAAUAAUAAUACACUUUUUUUGUAUAGCACCUUUCAUACAAAACACAGCAGCUCAAAGUGCUUAACAGCAAAGAAAUUACAUGGAGAGAAAUGACAAUAAUAUGCUGCUGUAUACUCAUAGCAUUGACAUGGGUACCAUGGUAACUAGCUAGCUGGCCACUUAUACCAUUUCCAGUGAGGUUAAUGCUUUAACUCUUCCUGCAUUUUGUCAGGCAAACCUAGGGCGGUUGUGAAACAUUAUUUAAAACAAAUCUAAAGAAUGACAGGAAAUAGCUAUUUAUAGUAACUAUUCUUAGCUUGAAAGUUUCUAUACUUCUGCAGAUGUGAGUUAGAAGUCAGCUACAGGGCAACAUAAGUUUCUUGUUUCUUGUCGAAGGAUAGGAAGAGAAAAAGAGAGAGUAACUGAGCAAGAGACCCUACACGUAACCGAGCAAGUCAGAUGUGGAGCUGGCCUUCUUUCUAUUGGA